UUGUCAGCUUUCCCUUGUGAGGAGGAGUUUUAAAGGACAGAAAAUAAAGAGCUUACCUGAGCCACAGAUCACUUGUGAAGAGAAGAAGCCACGUACCUGUUGUUCACAUCAGCAAAAGGGAUGGCAUACAGAGGCAGCGUUAGACCUUACGUCAACUUCAACGGCAAACACGAUGCUGAAGUUCUACACAAGGCCAUGAAAGGAAUCGGUACGGAUGAAGACACAAUCCUCAUGCUUCUGACGGCACGCAGCAACGAUCAACGGCAGCAAAUUAAGGCAGCGUACAAGAAGGCGUACGGAAAGGACUUAGUCAGUGCACUGAAAUCUGAACUCGGUGGCCUUUUUGAGAGUCUGAUUGUGGCCUUGAUGACCCCGCCUGUCUCAUAUGAUGCCUCUAAGCUGCACAAGGCUCUCAAGGGAGCCGGAACUGAUGAUGAAGUGCUGAUUGAGAUCCUGGCCUCCAGGACUGGCGAGCAGAUUAAAGACAUCAUUAAAGUGUACAAGAAAGAGUUUGGUGGCAAGCUGGAGAAAGAUAUCUGCGGUGACACCUCAGGGCAUUAUCAGAAAAUGCUGGUGAUCCUGCUGCAGGGGAACAGGGAGGAAGGAGUAGAUGAAGAAAAGAUUGAGAAAGAUGCUAAGGACUUGUAUGCUGCCGGUGAGGGCAAGUUUGGCACAGAUGAGGAAAAAUUCAUCACAAUUCUUGGCAACAGGAGCGCAGAGCAUCUCAGAAAAGUAUUUGAUGCCUACAAGAAGCUCUCUGGCUCUGAUAUAGAGGACAGCAUUGAAGGCGAGACCACUGGGAAUUUGGAGAACUUGCUGGUAGCUGUUGUGAAAUGUGCCAGGAGUGUCCCACAGUUUUUUGCCGAGGGUCUGUAUAAAUCUAUGAGGCGAGCUGGUACUGAUGACGACACCCUGAUGAGGAUAAUGGUGUCGAGGUCUGAGGUGGACAUGUUGGACAUCAGAGCCAGCUACAAAAAGAUGUAUGGCGUGUCUCUCUACAGCACCAUCCAGGAGGACACAACUGGAGACUAUCAGAAGGCUUUACUCUACCUCUGUGGUGGGAAUGAUUAAAGCUGCAUUAUGAUGUGUUUAGCAGCACUGAGUGAUGAGUCACUGUGGUGCCACGAGAUGAAGCUAUACACAUGGGAUGAGGAUAUUGAUCCAGAGUUGUACUCCUUCUUUCUGACUUUGGCGUGCUGUUGAUAAGAUUAGUGUGAAUUACCCGCCUGUCUUUUUGACUUCUGACAGUAUCUGCAGCAUAAAUAUCAGUAACGGCGUGCUCACUUAGAAGUUAUUCAGUUUUUGUUUAAUGCCGGACGUAAAUUUAGCAGCAAACAGCUUGAAUACAGUGUUUAGUGAAGAUGUGGUUUAGAUGUUAAUGUUAAACGAUGCGAUCUGAAAUCAUGAAAUAAAUACACAUUCAAAGCCUUACACACAUUGUUAGCUGUUGUUUACCUCAUUUGUGAACAGUGUUCACAGCAUGUGUCAAGUGCAACUUCGAAAAUACAAUACUGCUCCUAAAUUAUUAAACCUCUGAUGUCGACAAGCCUGCUGCUCUCAUUAAUUACAAAUGAGAUGCUGAUCCAGCCUUGAAUUGAAAUGCGGCUGUCAGAGACCAAUAAGUAAUGGGACGCUAUUAGACAUUUGUUGACUCAUAUAAAGACGUCUAUUGCCUCCAGGUCUUUCUGCAUGAAGGGGCCAGGUGUCAAACAAAUUGGGUCCUUAUGUCAGUAGAUGAGAAAUGGCUUUAGACUAUGCAGGAGCUGGACCACAGGGGGGCAGCAAAGUUUAAAGUGAACACUGUGCACUGGACUCCUGUGACUGCAGAGAAACACUGUUACUAUCAAGUUUGCAAUUUAAAAAAAAUAAAUUUCACUAUGUUUACAAUUAAAUAGUAUUCCUUCACUUUAAACACUU